AAGGGAGCAGUUGGCACUGAAUGUCACCCUGAAGGUAAAAUGAAAGACAAAAGAGGAACGCAUGCUUGCUUUUGCAGCGGCUGCGGCGGAGACGGAGGCAGGAGCAGCAGGAUUUAAAGGGAAAAAAAGAAAUCACACGCACAUACAUACAUCUAUACACACCCAGAGGCGUCGAUUAUGCAAACGCAGUAAUGCCAUCAAAUCCUGACAGUGCCGGGGAAAUUUUUUUUUCAAAAAAAAUAGAGAGAUAUAUUUAUUUUAUUUUUUUUUAAAAAGAGGGAGCCAAACGCAUGCAAAGAGAAACGUGCACAUACCACGCAACCACCCGAGGAGAACCUGGCAGCCUGUCUCCUCUUCUGCCAAGUUAUCAUUAAGAAAACAGGGAAGGCAUCAUGACGUCCUGGGUCACAGGGAGUGCGGACCGACGCUACCAAGAGCGAAGGGAGGCGCCUGGGCGCUCCGGCUAGCCGCGGGCGCAGCUCGGCCCCUCGCCGCCCGGCUGGAGCUAUCUGCUGGUUCAUCAAUGAAACGACCUUAGAUGAUGAAGAUGUAAGGAAAGCAUCCCACGCUAACACUGCUGCAGUUUGAAAGGCUUCUCUGCAGAAUGUCAAACAAAGAUCGGCACAUUGAUUCCAGCUGUUCGUCCUUCAUCAAGACGGAACCCUCCAGCCCAGCCUCCCUGACGGACAGCGUCAACCACCACAGCCCUGGUGGUUCUUCCGACGCCAGUGGGAGUUACAGUUCAACCAUGAAUGGCCAUCAGAACGGACUGGACUCGCCACCUCUCUACCCCUCUGCUCCUAUCCUGGGAGGUAGCGGGCCUGUUCGGAAACUGUAUGACGACUGCUCCAGCACCAUCGUUGAGGACCCCCAGACCAAGUGUGAAUAUAUGCUCAACUCCAUGCCCAAGAGACUGUGCUUAGUGUGUGGCGACAUUGCCUCUGGCUACCACUAUGGCGUUGCAUCAUGUGAAGCCUGCAAGGCCUUCUUCAAGAGGACGAUUCAAGGUAACAUAGAGUACAGCUGCCCGGCCACCAAUGAAUGUGAAAUCACGAAGCGCAGACGCAAAUCCUGCCAGGCCUGCCGCUUCAUGAAGUGUCUCAAAGUGGGCAUGCUCAAAGAAGGGGUACGUCUCGACAGAGUACGUGGGGGCCGACAGAAGUACAAGCGCAGAAUAGAUGCUGAGAACAGCCCGUACCUGAACCCUCAGCUGGUGCAGCCAGCCAAAAAGCCAUAUAACAAGAUCGUCUCACAUUUGUUGGUGGCUGAGCCAGAGAAGAUCUAUGCCAUGCCUGACCCUACUGUUCCGGACAGCGACAUCAAAGCCCUCACGACACUCUGUGACUUGGCUGACCGAGAGUUGGUGGUUAUCAUUGGAUGGGCAAAGCAUAUUCCAGGCUUCUCCACACUGUCGCUGGCUGAUCAGAUGAGCCUCCUGCAGAGCGCGUGGAUGGAAAUCUUGAUCCUUGGUGUUGUGUACCGAUCCCUUUCGUUUGAGGAUGAACUUGUCUAUGCAGACGAUUAUAUAAUGGACGAAGACCAGUCCAAAUUAGCAGGCCUUCUUGACCUAAAUAAUGCCAUCCUGCAGCUGGUGAAGAAAUACAAGAGCAUGAAGCUGGAGAAAGAAGAAUUCGUCACCCUCAAAGCGAUAGCUCUUGCUAAUUCAGAUUCCAUGCACAUAGAAGACGUGGAGGCUGUCCAAAAACUUCAAGACGUCUUACACGAGGCCCUGCAGGAUUACGAGGCUGGUCAGCACAUGGAAGACCCUCGCCGUGCAGGCAAGAUGCUGAUGACGCUGCCGCUCCUGAGGCAGACCUCCACCAAGGCCGUGCAGCACUUCUACAACAUCAAACUGGAAGGCAAAGUCCCCAUGCACAAACUUUUUUUGGAAAUGCUGGAGGCCAAGGUCUGACUAAAAGCCCCCUGGGCCCUCCCGUCCUGCACGUUGAAAAAGGGAAGAAAAACCCAAGAGUGAUGUCGAAGAAUCUUAGAGUUUAGUUAACAACAUUUAAAAUCAACAGAGACUGCACUGAUGUUUUAGCAGCAACCGUACGAUGCAGCCUGUGGGUUCCGCCACAGCUUCCUGAUAGGUUUCCUCGUCUUUAUCCCACUGUUCCCUCUGUCCUGUUCCUGUCCCUCCCACUCUCCCUUGUUCCUGUUCUCACAUUUUGCUUCUUUCAUUAAUGGUUCCCUUUCUCCUCCCUUGUCUCCCUCCCUUCUUCCCCCUCUGUCCCUCCCUUCCUUUUUUUCUUUCCCCCCCUUUUCUUCUUCCUUUCCACCUCCCCCUUCACUCUCUAUGUCCAAUGCCUCUCAUUGCAAGGAACGUUUCUUUCAGCUCCUUCAUCUCUUUCCCUUUCUCGACCUUCCCUGUCUUUUCCUUUUCUCCGCUCUGCCGCUGAACUCUUAAAUGCGGUCUCUAACUGGAGAGAGAUGGAAGCCAGCCCUGCCAAAGGACAGAGAUCCAUAAUAUGGAUGCCCGUGAACUUGUCAUGAACUUUGACAUCCCCAGUGAGUAAGGAAUCAAAGAGAGAACCGUACCUAAAAGUACAGUGCAACCCAAGCGAAUCGACUUAGCGCAGUAUUAGAUUCCACGGGGCAGCCUCCUAUCCGAGGACUUAAGCGGCGGCCUCGGCUGCUUCUCCUUGCUUUCUCAUCUAGAUCAGUUACAGCCAUUUGAUUCCUUAAUUCUUUUGUCAAGUCUUCCAGGUAUUGGUUAGUUUAGCUACUAUGUAACUUUUUCAGGGAAUCGUUUAAGCUUUAUUCAUUCAUGCAAUACUAGAGAGAGGUAAGGAUACCGCAACUUUGCGCUGGCUUUGAACAAUUGAACACUGAUGAAGGACAAAUGAACCCUGAAGGAAGAUUUUUAAAAAUGUUUCGUUUCUUCUUACAAAUGGAGAUUUUUUUGUACCAGCUUUACCACUUUUCAGCCAUUUAUUAAUAUGGGGAUUUAACUUAACUCAAGCAAUAGUUGAAGGGAAGGUGCAUAUUACCACGGAUGCAAUUUAUGUUGUGUGCCAGUCUGGUCCCAAACAUCAGUUUCUUACAUGAGCUCCAGUUUGCCUACAUGUUCACUGACACCAAGGAUUAGAUUACACCUACCGUGAUGCCAAGCGGUCACACCCACGAGCACUGCACAUGGGAUCCCUAUCCGUAGAAUUCGCACCAGUACACCUCCCCGCUGGGAGGGACAGUCGCCAUACGAUUUCUAGCUGCCCUCGUGGUUAGGAACGAGAUGCUGCCUGGACGCAGUUACAAACUCUGUCUCAGAAGGAGCUCUGAGCCAAUAUCAUUUCAGAGGCAAUAAGGCUAACGCCAGAAUUCAAGCAACCCAAUCAUCAAAGACAGCAGACGCCUGACCAAAUUCUAAAACCUAAUCCGGAGGAGUUGAUUCUCUUAGGAAUGAUUGCUUAAAUUAACCUGCAGUUUUGUUUCGUUCCUCUGUUUGUUUUUUUACCAAGAGCUAAGCCAAUCGACGUGCUUUCCAAGCCGUGUGGUCACAGCAUGAAAGUCGGUCGGUUUCAGAACUGGAACCAGGUGUAAUCUAACGAAGAAAUCAGAUGCCCCCCUCCCGGAACCUACAGUCGCCGAAUAACCAGAAAACAGUAACCUCCAUAGAACGCUUUUACCAAUGGACCAGUGUUAGUAGCUGCUCUCUGUAUUCUGUGGACAGUCUUACUCUAUGUACACAGAUGUAAUUAAAGUUGUACUCCUAACAAAAGACUAGUUCAGCUUCCAUGUUCCAUGUUUGCUACGCUUUUCGGGACUUUACGUUGCAUUCAGAAACUGUCGUCUUGUUCUCGUGGUGUUUGGAUUCUUGUGGUGUGUGCUUUUAGACACAGGGUAGAAUUAGAGACAGUAUUGGAUGUAUACCUUCCUCAGGAGACUACAGUAGUAUAUUCUACUCCUUACCAAUAAUAAAAGAGAUUGAAACUCCAAACCAGUAUUCACUAUGAUCAGACACACAUCGAAAUCAUAAUAAUAUUUUCAAAACAAGGGAUAAUUUCUCUAAUGGUUUAUUAUAGAAUACCAAUGUAUAGCUUAGACAUAAAGCUUUGAAUAUUCAAGAAUAUAGAUAAGUCUAAUUUUUAAACGCUGUAUAUAUGGCUUUCACCUGAUCAUCUCUCAGAUGUUGUUAUUAACUCGCUCUGUGUUGUUGCGAAACUUUUUGGUGCGGACUUGCUUCCAAAACUAUUGCUACUUUGUGUGCUUUAAGCAAAAUACCUUGGACUGAGGAUGCCUCAGCCCCGUGCUAGGAAUACUGUGUAUCUAUCAUUAGCUAUAUGGGAAUAUAUCGUAGAUUGUGGUUCUCAGUAGAGAAAGUGACUGUAGUGUGAAUCUAGGUAAAUCAUCAUUAGCAAUUCAUUCGGGUGGUCAAUAACUUGAAAUUGAUAGCUCUGAUAAGUUUAAAAUAAAAUUGGCAAAUCCCUGAACAACCAUCAACAGAAAAUACAACUCCUGGGAGGAUAAAAAGGUGCUGAUCCUGUAAGAUUCUUUCAUCAUGUAAGUGUUUAAAAACAUUAUUUUCCAGAAGGGUUAUGCAGGGACUAAGUUACUACUGCGCAGCUGUGCUGUGUAUACAGGUAGAAUAGAGUGUAGCCACCGUUUGGCUGUAUCACACUGACGUAUCUGGGCUGCAGAAGUCAGAGCCUGCAAGUGUACACGUGAGCCAGAGACACCUUUGCAAAAUGCAGUACGAUGUGUAGUCCUCAGUUUAAAAGACUUGGCUUUUCCAAAAAGCAAAUAUCUCAUAGCUAAGGGGGUAAAAAAACAGCUUAAAAUGUAGAUCUAAAAGAAAUGCACGAGCUCUAGGGCAAACACCCGUUUGCACCCUGCUCGGGCAAAGUUUAUUGAUUUCUCAAGUUUCAGGCAAGACCGUUUCGUUCAUGCCAAGUGUCAGGAAAUCACCAAGGUGUAUGUUUUAGCUGUGCGAUUUACAGUUUUCUCUUUCUUUUAGCUUUGUUCUUAUUUAAAGCAAUAUGAUUGUGUUGACUCCUUGUAGUGACACUCGUGUUUAAUCAAAUCAGAUUGUUGUAUUUAUUCCGCUAUUUUGCAUUUAAAUGAUGACAUAAAAGAUAUAAAAAAUUUAAAACUGCUAUUUUUCUUAUAGAAGAGAAAAUGGAUGUCGGUGAUUGUAUUUUAAUUAUUUAAGCAUCCCUGUUUACCUGCCUGGGACAACAUUUCAUGGCAGUCUUAUGUGCAAAAGAUCGUAAAUGGACAAAACAAAAUUUAAACUGCUUACAAUGAUCCAGGAGUUGCAUUAUAGCCAGUAGUGAAAAUAAUAACACUAAUAAUUAUUAAUAAUAAUGAAACCAUGUCUAUAGCUGUAGAUGGGCAUCACAUCUGUAAAGCAAUCAAUUGUAUAUUUUUGUGAUGUGUACCAUACUGUGUGCUCCAGCAAAUGUCCAUUUGUGUAAAUGUAUUUAUUUUAUAUUGUAUAUAUUGUUAAAUGCAAAAAGGAGCUAUGAUCCUGUGACUCCAAUCAGUUCAGAUAUGUAACUCAAAUUAUUAUGCCUUUCCGGAGGAUGGUAGAACAAUAUUAAACAG